UAGAGUUGAUAAUUGUCAUGUAACUAAAGCUCGUCGUGUUGUCCGUAGUUACUUUCUUCGUCUCCCUUUUUUAUAAAGUUUAUUAAAAAAUGGGGAUGUUAUUCUCGAAGAAAAAACCACCUAGUCGAGUGACAGAUCAAGACAAGGCCGUACUGCAAUUGAAGCAAUCAAGGGACAAGAUAAAGCAGUACCAAAAGAGGGUCGAGCAGAAAAUCGAGAAAGAGAGAGAAAUAGCGAAGAAGCUGAUCAAAAAUAAUCAGAAAGACCGAGCCCUUCUGCUGCUGCGCAAAAAGAAAUUCCAAGAACAAAUUCUAGUCAGGACAGACGGCCAGCUGGAGAGUUUGGAACGGAUGGUGACAGAUAUCGAAUUUGCCCAGGUCGAAAUCAAGGUCAUUGACGGUCUGAAGAUCGGCAACGAUGCGCUUAAGAAGCUGCACGCGCUCAUAUCAAUCGAAGAUAUCGAGCAAGUCUUGGAGGAUACCCAGGAGGGUAUUGAGAAGCAGCGAGAAAUCAAUGAACUUUUGUCCGGUGGGCUGAGUGUACAGGAUGAGGACGAAAUUGAAGCUGAGCUGGAUGCUCUUGUGGCUCAAGAUUCAGUCAAGGAGAAAGUCACAUCUGACGUGCCAGAAGAUAUUCUGCUGCCAAAUGUACCUGAAAAUGAACCAAACAAAGAAAAAGCUAUAAAAAGCAAAGUGCAAGAGCCAGUUGCUUUGGAGGCCUAACUUUGUAUUAUCAGGACCAUUGUUUUUAUACGGCUUAUAUGUAUAUAUGUACAGCAAAUAACGUUUAACACAUUUAUUAAAUGGACUUGAAAAUCUGUAAGUAAAAAAGAAAAAAAAUCAGUUUUUUAAGAAAGGUACCAUUAUGUAAAAAAUUUGAUAAAUGUUGUUUUAAAAAUGUGAAAUGUCGUCCGAACAAUACUUGUUUGAUACACUGCAUACUUUAUGCCUAAGGUGCAGUAUCUUACAUCUCUGUAAUAGUAGACCUUUGUCAGGUCGGCAAAGUUGUCAUUUAGGCAACCUAUUGUGAUAUGACAAAUACAUUAAGUAUUCGAUUUAAUUUUAGUUGAAGUGCAGUUUAAAGUUUAUUUUAGAUAGUAUUAAGUAACACAAUCUGUACAAUAUUUCCCACUUGUUUAUUUUUCUUCAGAAAAGUAAAUAGGUUUUUAUGUAAUUUUACAUGUUGAAUUGUGGUUCAAGCUGAUGUUUAACAGUAGGGAAAAAUUGUAACCAUACUGAAAUCCUUGUUUUGGAUUUUAUAU